GGGAUCUGGAGCCCACGUCCGACACGUAUCGGAUACCUGCUUCUGGAACCUUCGACUGCCCGACUCUUCUCCCAAGCCACCCGCGCGGCGCAAGGCGACCACCGGCGACCGACCUCGACGCGAGUGGGCUGGGGCACAAAAGCCGGCAAGAUUCGAGAGGCCGGCGGAACCAAGCGGAAGUCCUUCGAUUCGUCGUCUUCGUCCGCGCGGGCCAACAGCCGGCGCAGGGAGGCGCCUCUGCCGCCCAGGGAGAUGGGGGUCGACUACUACAAGGUUCUCGCCGUCGACCGCGGCGCCACCGACGACGACCUCAAGAAGGCCUACCGCAAGCUCGCCAUGCGCUGGCACCCCGACAAGAACCCCACUAACAAGAAGGAGGCGGAGGCCAAGUUCAAGCAGAUCUCCGAGGCCUACGAUGUCCUUAGCGAUCCCCAGAAACGCACAAUCUAUGAUCAGCUAGGGGAAGAAGGGCUCAAGGGGCAACCGCCCCCAGGAGCAGGAGGUCCUGGUGCAUCUUCCUUCUACCCUGGUGGGGCCCACUCCACCUCAUUCCAUUUUAAUCCGAGGAGCGCCGAUGAUAUUUUUGCCGAGUUCUUUGGAUUCUCUGGCAUGGGAGGCAUGCGGGGGGAACCAGGAUUCCAGAGGUCUACGUUUGGCAAUGAGUUCUUCGCUUCACGCUUUGGCGGUGUCGGUUCUGCCAGUUCUGUCAAUAUGCAGCGACCAUUACACAAGCCACAUCCCAUUGAGAAUCGGCUUCCAGUUAGCCUUUCAGAUCUGUACAAGGGUGUAACAAAAAAGAUGAAAAUCUCAAGAGAGACUAUAGAUGCCAGUGGGAGAGUCUCACAGGUGGAGGAAAUUUUGACGAUAGAUGUAAAGCCUGGUUGGAAGAAGGGGACAAAGAUAACUUUUCCUGAAAAGGGAAAUGAAGCUCCAAAUAUGACAGCUGCUGAUAUUGUUUUCAUUAUUGAAGAGAAGCCUCAUGAUGUUUUCACUAGGGAGGGGAAUGAUCUUGUCAUGACAGAGAAAAUCUCUUUGGCUGAAGCGCUGACCGGAUAUACUGUGCGGGUCACUACGCUUGAUGGGCGGAGUCUGUUGUUACCCAUUAACUCGGUAAUCCAUCCCAGCUAUGAAGAGGUGGUCCCUGGAGAGGGCAUGCCAAUACCUAAGGACCCCACUAAGAAGGGAAAUCUGCGGAUUAAAUUCAACAUCAAGUUCCCUUCCAGGCUGACUUCUGAUCAAAAAGCUGGGAUCAAAAGGCUAUUGGGUUCUUAGGCCUGGUUCAGUGACAUUUUAUAAUGAAAGUUAUUGUGAAUAUUGCCAGUAAUUGGCUAGGUAGAUUUCUGUUAGUCUGGGGAAGCAAAAUACAAGAAGUGAGAGAAAAGAGCAGAUGUUAAUUCUAUAACAUAUCUGUAACAGUAUGUUUAUUGUGUGUUAAUUUUAUUCCAUGGUUUACUGAA